AUGCCUAACUCCAAGAAAUCCUCUUCUUCCUCCUUCUCUGCCUCCCUUGAAUCCCACCAACUGUCACUUGCCCUCGCAGAAAGACAAGCUGCUGUUGAAGCUGCCCUCCUAUCCCGCGACUGUAUACUCCCCUUCGAAUCAUUCUUCUCUGAAGAUCUUGAUGCAUUAGCUCAGAUCAACAUCUUUCGUGCUGCAGACCUCACCAUCGCCUAUACCAAUACUAUGAUGCUUGAUGACAAAGCUAGACUCAUCGUCUCCCAACAAGUAAAGAUCAAAUACCUUAUUCUUAGACACCUCAUGGACAAAGGGAUUGAGACUGCCAUGUCUCUCUCUGACUUCCCCAAACCUGACGACUACCUUUGCUCCUCCCACUAUUCUAUCACCUGCUCCCCUGAACCAAUCACUCAGACUGUCCCCAUCUCCCCUUCCUCCUCCUCCUCUGAUGAUGAUGAUACCCCCAUUCCAGCACCUCCCCGCUCCCAACUUGCUGUCCAAUCCCUCGGAAAACCCCGCCAGGAGUGCAAGAAGAAAAGAGAGACCCUCAUCUUUGGUACCGGUGUAGAGACUCAUGCCUCUCAUUGUGCAAUAUGGCAGUUUUCACUGGGGAGUACAUGGCACAAACUUGUAGCAUCACUCUGUGUGCUACCCGCAGCUAUCUCUAUAUGA